UUUGACCAGAACCCGCGAAAACCAAAGUAAACAAUAUCGUCAUAUUCAAAUAUAAUUUGAAAUAAUGUUUCGUAUUAAUAAAAAUAUUUGUGCAUUUUCACCGUCGGGUAAAUAUUUCGCGAGUGUUUUACAGAAUGAAUUGUCAAUAAAAUACACAUCAACAUUAGAAAAUUAUCAAUUGUUUGAUUUUUCAGAUCCAAUUGAGUGUAUUGAAUGGUGUCCAAAUGAUCAGUAUAUUCUCUGUGUAAAUAUUAAAAAAGGAAUUAUCAGAAUAUUUACCACAAAACGUAAACAAUUUAAUUUCAAGUUGAAAGAAGGGAGUGGAGGUAUUGAAAAAGUUAUCUGGGCACCAGAUUGCAAAUCAAUAAUUAUUGUAUCUGAUUUAAAUAUUUACCUGUCAAUAAUAACACUAGAUGAACAAACGAUAACUCAUAUAUGGAAUAUUAAAUCAUCAGGAAAAUAUUUAGCGAUAAAUCAUCUAAGAAACCGUCUAGCAGUUAUAACAAGAUCAGAAUCAACAGACAAAAUUGAAAUAUACAAAUCAAAAGACUGGAAAUUAACACGAAAAUUAAUUUGUGAUAAGUUAUUUAGUAUUGAUGGAAUAUCAUGGUCACCAAAUGGUCAACUAUUGGGUAUAUGGUGCUCGGCAAUUGAAAAAUCACGUAUCCUAAUAUAUUCAAUGACAACAGAUACACACAUAGGAGCAUUUAGUGCUAAUGAAUAUCCAUCGAUAAAUUAUAAUUUUUUAGGAUCAGAGUGUGGAGAUUGUACAAUUGAUAAACCAUUAAGAGGAAUUGAAAAAGUUGUUUGGAGUCCCACUGGACAAUUAUUAGCCAUAGCGGGUUACAAUGAAACUGUUGUGUUGAUCAACCAUGUGACAUGGUCAAUAAUUCUUCAAUUACACUGUAAGCCCGUAAUACACGAAAGUAGUAAUUAUCUUGGUAAAGUUUACAGAGAAAUUGAUAUAACACGCAGAGAUUGGUCUAAUUAUAUAUCAAAUAAUGUAAUGCCUGAUCACCAUAUUAAAUAUACAUUGGAUGAAAUAUUAGACAGACCAAUUGGAAUUCCAAUAGAUAUUGAACCUAAAAAUUUUGAUAUGUCAAUCGCCACAAUAGAUAUAUUGUCAUUUAGUCCUUGUGGUAAAUAUUUAGCGAUCAGGCAUCAGGUUUAUCCAUCAACAUUAUGGAUUUGGGAUUUAAUUGACGAUUGUGUUGAUAAUAUUUUACUCAAAAAUUCAAUAUCAGGAAUAGCAUGGGAGCCGAAAAAAACACAUUUGUUGAUAUUCUCCGAAUCACCGAUAAUUGUUGAAUGGCAUCCAACAAAAAAAGUUGAAUUAUUUGAAUCACCACGUGGUAUGAAAGUUAUUAAUGGCAAAUGGAGCCCAAACGGUGAAUCAGUAGCUCUCAUAGGAUUCAAUAAAACUUCAGUUAUUAAAUUAUAAAUAAAUAUUAUUAUUAUUUUCAAAUAGCUAGAUUUUUUUAUUUAUGUAUUUAAAAAUUAUCAUCUUGCACACAAAGGCAAAUAAUUUG